AUGAACGUUUUUCUAGGUCCAUUUGUUGAUAGAAUGAAUAAUCUAGCAACAAAAGGUGUACAGUGCUCAAUAAAUGGUGAACCAAUUAAUAUUAAACUUUAUACUCAAGUAUGUUGUGUGGAUUCCGUAGCUAGGGCUCCCGUUCAAGGAUUCGUGCAAUUUAAUGGAUGUUAUGGAUGCAAUCAAUGCUUACACCCAGGAGAAUGGGUUCGAAAUAAAAACAGAUCUGCAAAAAGUAUUUCAGGGAAUAUUAAAUAUCCAAUACAAAGUAAAGUAGCAGAAAGCAGAAAUAAUGAAGACACUGUAAAACAUAUGGAGUUGGCGUGUAAGAGAGGAAAAGCUGUUUUUGGUGUAAAAAAUGCUUCUCAAUUAAUAAAUUUAAUUAAAUUCGACUUCAUUUCUGGUUGCAUUCCUGAAAGUAUGCAUUUGAUUAGCGGUAUAGCUAAACAGUUUGCAACAAUGUGGUUUGGUAAUAAGAAGAAAUCCGGAUUAUUUUCCAAAAAGUUGAUUCCAGACAUUGAUUCUGAUUUAUGCAAUAUUAAAGCACCAAAUCAAAUAGUUCGGUUAACACGCUCUUUUACUGAAAAGGAGUUUUGGAAAGCAAGGGAAUGGGAGAAUUGGACUUUAUUUUUUAGCAUACCAAUUCUUCAAAAAUUACUGCCGAAAAAUAUUAUAUUACAUUGGGCCUUAUUGGUUGAAGCUGUUUACUUAUUGAUGAAGGAAGAGAUAACAAAUUUUGAGGUGGAUUUAGCUGACCAGUUGUUACAUCAAUUCGUUUCAGAAACGGAAAUAAUUUAUACAAAAACUGCUAUGACUUUUAACGUACACUCACUGCUUCAUUUGGCUAAAAGUGUAUAUAAUUGGGGGCCUCUUUGGGCUCAUAAUGCAUAUAGCUUUGAGUCUGGUGAGGAAUCAGGAGGAUACACUGGAAAACCAUUACCAACCUAUAGACCGGCUGCUCAAUUGGUUUCACUUGGAGGAACUACGAGACUUUUCUGUGAGGCUUAUCUCGGAAAUGUCGGUCUUCCUGAUGCCAAAAACUCUGUAACUUGGUCCAAAUCGGACAGCAAUGUAACCCUACCAAAUCAUGGCCGAGUAUCCCAACACAAAGUUUCUCGGGAGGAUGAACACAUAGUUGGCUCGUACCUGGAGAUAGAAGAUAUUAACCUGGAAGACUACGGUGAAUACACAUGUGAAGUUAGUAAUGGAGUCGACGAUGAGAUCACUUUACCAGCUCACGUCUAUCGACAAGAGCCACAAUUCACUCUAGGAUUACCAAACGGAUCAUGGAGAAAAUCCCUUCUCCUUGCGGUCCUCGUACUGAUCCUUCUGUGUUCAGCGGGUGCUUUUUACGCCCGAUGUGGGCUACCCUUGGCUCUUCUCUGCCGAGACAAAUUCGCUUCUCUCGAGGAAAACGAUGGAAAAGAGUGUGACGCGAUAGUGUGUUAUCACGAAAAGGAUUCUAAUCACGUUGUUGGCAUCAUAAUUCCCACUUUGGAGACAAGAUACAGAUAUAAAUGCAGUACACUGGAAAUUUCGUCUUUAACUCAUAAUUGGUCUUUGGAAAUUGGAACACACGCAUCAUCAGCACGAAGAGUAAUUUUAAUUCUGAGUCCAGCAUCAUUGAGUAAUAAUUGGUCAGAUUCAAAUGUCUCAUCUGUUUUUAAGCAGUUGUCGAAUCUAUCAACGAGAACAAUUAUUGUCACUUUGAAGAAUCUACCAAAUUUAACGACAAUGGCAAAAUCUUCGAGGCGCAGUUAUGAGGAAAGAAUUAUAUUUGAUCGCUUAAAAAUUUUACAUUGGGACGAGGGUGGCGAUUUUGGUGCUGGUGGUUAUGAAUUUUGGUAUAAAUUGAGACUGGCAAUGCCACCAAUACGGCCAUCUAGCUAUGAAUCCGGAUGUCAGUCGGUUGCAAUGAUAGUGCAAGCGAAUGGAAAAUCGAGUCAACAAAAAGCACAUUCCCGCGAGAGUCUCGAAGUUCUCGUUUAAGAGGAUCAACUAUAUAAUUCCUUCUUCGAACUCAGGGAUUAGAGAAUCCCCAAGAGUUCAACAAAAUAAAAAAACGCUAGUCAAAUAAAAAUCUUUGGAAUUUUAGAAUAAAAUAUUAGUCGACUUUUCUUCUUAUUUUUCAAAUAUUUCUAAAAUAUUUGUAUGUAAUUUUAGAAUUAUAAGACAUUUUUUCUAAUGUACAUAGUUAAAGCGUCUUGAAAUAAAAAAAUAUUAGUUUUUGACUAGCAAAAAUUACAUUAAAAAUUUAUUUUCAAAGGAAAAGUAUUUAAAAAAAUAUCUUUAAUUCUCUCCAAAAUUCCAAAGACGUUUGUUUUCUGCGAAUUUUCUAAGAAUCCUGUAAAAAGAUGUCAAAAUAAUGAAAAACGGAAAAAGUCGUUUCCGUUUUUCAAAAAUUUCCUUCGCAAAAAUAGAAUAAUAAAUUUUGCGAAUUUUUGUACAGAAAUUUUUGAAAAUAAAGAUGAGAAGGAAGCGUUGAAUUUUCUUUCAUGUUGCUCAGGCGGUGAAAAUAUUUCUCUCUUCCCAAGGAAAAAUCUAGUCAAAAGAAAACAAAGAAAAAAAAAUGAAACAAAAACGAUAUUUAUUUUCUCAUAGCAUUGGACUGUGAUUGACGAUAAAAUAAAUCUCUAUCUUUCUCUUUUUGCCACCAGCUUUUUCCUGUGGAAAAGAAGUUAGAAAUUCUCGAUCCAGAUGUGACUGUCGGUUUUUAGAAUAAUAGAAGAUAUCUUGAAUUUUUUAUUAUUUUCUUCUUCUUUUCUAUUUCUUCUUUUUGUACUGCGGACAAACACUGCCAAAACUUCUUGGUCGAGAGAACAUGCAAAAUAAUGUACUUUACAAACACCUGAACACAUGAAAAUAUUCCUUCUCGUUCAUAAACUACCUUUUUCUCAUGCAAAAAAAGGUCUUAAAAAUAAUAUUUAAUUUGCCUAGGAAAUCUUAAAAAAACAAAUCUUUUGUACAUAUUUUUGAUAGCCGAGCACAAAUGUGCCAUUAUUUAUUUAAUAUUUAGUUACAGAUCUUAUUUAUGUUGAAAAUUAUGAGGAAAAGAGUAAUUUGGAAAAAAAUUACAAAUGUCAAUGUUAUAUUUUUUGUUAAUAUCAUAAUGUAACAAAAUUAUUUUUUUAUAAUUCGACACUUGACAGAAUAGUUGAUAUUUUUUAAUGAGAAUUUUUUCAAUUUGUUACUUUUAAAAAUAAUUGUUCUUUUUUUCUAUUUUUUUAAAUACCAUUUAAUUCUCAAUUAACAGAUAAUGCGCCUGUGUUUAAAGUCACAACUUAAAUAUUGUACUGUAAUAAAUGUAAUAGUUUUAAAAAUAUAAUUAAUUAAUAAUAAUAUUAAUAAUAAUCACAGCGUAGACGUAACAUUAUAUUCAUAUAUAAUAUGUAUAAGUAUAAUGUACAUGUAUAAUAAUAAGUUUAGUUAAUUAUAAGCGAUAUUAAAGCAGUGAGCUUAAGUUUAAUGAUACGGUAAUCUCUUUACUGUCAGUAUUACGAUACACUAGUAUACUUGUCUCGCGACCUCCUGUUCGUUAAAUUUUCUAAUGAGCAAUCAUUGCGAGCGAAGUAAGCAGAGUAUAGUUUAGCUGUUUUUUUUCUUCUUUUCUCUCACUUAAAAAUCUAUUAAAAACAUUUUUUUCUAAAUUAUUUUCUACAAUAAAAAACAUAUCCGAAAAUACAAAUUUUUUGUAAAAAUAUAAAUUUUUUAUGUAUGUGAAUUUUUUACGUAAAUAUGAAGAAUUAACAAAAAAAGACAAUGCGUAACAAUUUUUCACGGAUCAAAAAUCAAUAUGUCUGACUGCAUAUUUAUUGGAAAUAAACUAUUUCUUAUAUUUAA